AUGUUUCUGGAUCCUAACAAACCAUUCUCAGUGUUUUCGAACAAAGGAAAGCUGAGUCAAUGUGAUAACGCGUUAACUGCUGCACUCAACGCAUCACUAUGUGUUGCCCUAGUAAGCAAAGAUGGUGCUGUCCUGUGCUCUCAUAAGAAGCUUCCCAAAUUAGCAAACCACCAAACAUACAACAAAGUCUAUAAUGUGUGUCCUACAAUAGGUGUAACCUAUGCUGGUCUUCAGCCUGAUUUCAGGGUCUGCUUGAGCCUAGCACAACGAAUAUGCUUCGAUUACUAUGAAAUCUACAACAGGUAUCCCAGUCUCUCAGUCUUCGUCAAUGAGUUUUGUAUGACAAUGCAGGAGUAUUCACAGAAAGGCGGUCCAAGACCAUUUGGUGUUUACUUCGUCUUCUCUGGAGCCAAUAAGGAUGGAACUGUUGGGUUGUACAAGGUGGAUCCAAGUGGAAGCUAUAAAUUUGCUGAAAGUGCAGCAGCAGGCGUAGGCUACGAAAGUGCCACCAACUUCCUGACUCGAAGACAGGGUGUUCUGGAUGACAAUAUUACAGCAUGCAUUGGGGCCAUCAGAGAGCAUGCUGGUGUUGAAAUCAAAUCAGAAGACAUUUCAAUGGGUGUUUUCAAAAAUGGUACUUUUCACGUUUACACCCUGGAUGAAAUAGAAGAGCUUUUUUGA